UUUACAGGGUGUGAAAAUGGGUCGUGGGGACAACCUGACAAUACUCUACCCUCCCGGUUGUAGGGAAGUGACGGAAGAUGUGGGUCCAGAUGAGCUUAUCCGGCGGCUUAAGACUCUGGCGCAUACAUUGCAGUCCAUGGGUCAGGAUGAUGGUGCCUAUCAGCAAUAUUUCUUUCUUUCUUAUCCGAGUCGUGAUGUGCAGCUGCUGAUAGCCUGCUGCAUCGCUGAUGUUUUGAGGGUUUAUGCCCCAGAAGCACCGUACAAGGAUCCUGCACAAGUGAAGACACUUUUCAUGUUCCUGAUAAAACAGCUUGGAGGGUUGAAGGAUCCCAAGGAUCCAGCUUUCAAGCGUUACUUCUACCUCCUUGAGAACCUGGCUUAUGUCAAGUCUUUCAACAUGUGCUUUGAAUUGGAAGAUUGCCAAGAGAUAUUCUGCAAACUCUUCAAAUUAAUGUUCAACAUUGUCAAUGAUGAACACAGCGGGAAGGUGAAGUCAUUCAUGUUGGAUGUUCUCUGUCCACUCAUCAAUGAGAGUGAUGUUGUGUCUAAUGAUCUCCUUGACAUAAUAUUAGCUAAUGUUCUGGAACCAGCCAAAUCUCAGCGGAAAAAUGCCUAUCAUCUAGCAAAAGAAUUAGUUGUGAAGUGUUCUGAUACUCUUGAACCAUAUAUUCAAGCAUUCUUCAAUCAUGUCUUAAUAUUGGGGCGUGAAGAAAAGACACUGACCAUAUCUCAGAAGGUGUACGACCUCAUAUAUGAAUUGAAUCACAUCUGUCCUUCAGUCCUAUUAUCUGUGUUACCGCAGUUGGAGUUUAAAUUGAAGAGUUCGGAUGAAGAAGAGCGUUAUGGAUCAGUUUCCUUGCUAGCACGAAUGUUUUCUGAGAAAGAGUCAACUCUUGCACUUAAUCACAGGCAGCUGUGGACAGCUUUUCUAGGAAGGUUCAAAAUUCGCAAAGAAGCCAUGUGUGGGUUAGCAAUGAUCUACAAAAAACAUCUCAAUAGCCCAGAUGUUCCAUCAGCCACUCGCCAUGCUGUGACAUGGAUCAAGGAUAAGAUUCUUCAUGGUUACUACAUGACCAGUAUGGAUGAUAGAUUACUUGUGGAACGUCUGUUAAACACAUGUUUGGUGCCGUAUCAACUUGCUCCUGAAGACCGCAUGAAAAAACUCUUCUACCUGUAUGCCUCUAUUGAUGACAAUGCUACCAAAGCCUUCAUAGAACUUCAGAAACACCAGUUAGUGGUUAGAAAAAAUGUCGCUGAGCUUAUUGAACUUCACCGAAAGCCCCAGGAUGAGGAGCGAGAUCGCGAGAUUGCCUACCGAUUGGGUCACCUCACCAAGUUCCUUCCUGAUCCUCUUAAAGUUCAGGAGUUCCUUAGAAAGUUCUCACAACAUCUCAAUACUGAUUCACAACUCUUGUCACUGAUGGAGACAGUUGUCAGUCAUGAUGUGUCAUGCAAAGACAGUGUAGAUGCUGUGACGCAGAUCUUGAAGAAGCUGGGGCAGCCAGUGAUGACCAACCUGUAUUAUAACACCAUCAAGAUGCUGCUGGAGCGUGUGUCUAGUGUCAUGGUAGACCAAAUAGCAUUGGAAGCUCUUAUAGGAUUAGUGGAGGGGGCAAUCAGUGCAGAUCCAACUGUACUUGACUCCCUUAAUCUCACUUCAGAUAUAGCCACAGAAAAAGGACUUAAGUUACUAUUUGUGUUAUCAUUUGUGUAUCCUGCUCACUUCCUGCACGUGGACAUCUUGACGCGCCUCAUUGCCCUCCUUAACAUACCGACCUCUUCCAUUUCCCCACCAGUCCUAUCAGUUCUCACAUAUAUAGGCAAAUAUAAACCAAUUGGGGAAUUGUAUCCAGAUCUCACAGCAGUUCUCAUUCCAAUUUGUCAGCGUUUUGCCGAGUCUGGUAGCCCAAAACAAGCUAAGCAUGCUGUGCGUUGCCUCCACACCAACUGUACCUCAGACUCUGAUGACGUUUUUGAAAGAAUAUUAGAGAAAAUCAAAGAACAGCUGACAAUUGAGAGUCCACAUUUCAGAACAUCUGUUGUAUCCCUGGGACAUAUAGCCUUCAACAUGCCUGAAAGAUUUCUUGUGCCCAUCAAAAAUGUUGUAUCCAGGAAGGUGGUGAAAGAGUUGUUAAUGAGGAACCAAACCAACGCACACACUCCCGGUCCAGCCAGUCGAGACGAUGUUGAGGAGUGGAUCGAGGAAGAAGAACUUACUGAAGAAACUGCUGUUAAGAUGGAAGGAAUCAAAAUGAUGGCACGGUGGCUACUGGGACUCAAGUCCGACGUCAUCUCGGCACAGAAAACCUUCCGCAUGCUGAACGCCUUCAUCCUUCACAAGGGUGACUUGCUAGAAACUGGCAAAAUGUUGCCUGACCAAUCAGGAGGAGGCACUGCCAUCUAUUACUCCGAUGAACUAGAAUGUGUGAAAUCAACUAAUGUACGGGACAAAAAAGGUGAAUAUAUAAUAGCUAAAUUCACAUCAAGAACACUUAAGAAACCUAUAACAGAUGAAUGUCCACAAGUGCGUGAGAGGUUUGCUAUCAAGCUACACAAGGGUCUGGCUCGAGGGAUCCCACACAAGUGCCUGCCUCUGGAUUUCAUGGGCUUCUAUGCCUUGGCAGGUCUGGAAACUGACCGGCAGUUGAAAGUAGCAGUUAAACAGUUCAUGUUAGCAGAUAUUACCAAGAGAAGAGAUUAUAUUAGAUCAAUCACAAUGUCAGGUGGAAGUGAGAAAGCAUCGAGUCAGCUGCCACACAUCAUGCCAGAUUACAUGCUAGUGUUUGCUGUUCCACUUUUAGCUCACCAACCUGACUUUAAAGAUCCUAACGAUGUAUCACAGUUGACACGAAUACGCUCCUGCCUCUGGUAUAUUCUUGAACCUCUUAUGACCAAGAAUGAUGCCUAUUGCUUUGGAUUUUAUAAGGCUCUCAUUGAACAGAUGAAGAAUCAUAAGGAUGCAGUCAAGCCAGAAGAUGAAAUAACCAAUCAGAAACUGUGGGCAGUGUGUGAUUUGGCAAUGGGUCUAAUAAUAUCUAAGACAACAAGUUUUGAGAUGAAGGAGUUCCCAUCUGACCCUCGGAUACCUCCCAUGUACUUCAAGAAGCACGAGGUUCCCAACUUUGUUAAUGUCAAAUCGUAUCUACCAGCUGAGCUUCAAGUGACAGCACCCAAAGGCUCCACCAAGGUACUGACUGGUGUUGCCAAGAAGACAGCAACCAUCACUUUGGUGAAACCUGCAGUAGUGAAUAAACAAAGACCAGAAGACAGAGUAGAGGAUAAUGUAACUACAAGCAGCAGCAUAGACCUGCCAGUAAUGAAAGAGGUCAAGGAUGAAGACUCAAUGAUGGAUGAGGAUUCAACCAAUUUAUCAAAUAGUCGGAAGCGAGGGCGUGGUGGCUUCAACCUAGACGAAGAGUUAGACACAGAUGACAGCACAACGCUGAGCAGUGUCCUACCCACACCCACCGUUACACCGGCAGCCUCUAGUGGACCAGCAAACAAGAGAGGAGUUAGGAGGAGCUUUUAUGCGCCUCUAAUGGGAAUUCGGGUACCCAAACUUACUAUGCAAAUUUUUUAUGGCCAAAAAUCAUUUAAAACCUGGGGAGCCUUGAGAUGGUAA